AUGAGCAAGGAUGGCAAGAAGGGGGGGAAGGUGGAGAAGAACUUUUUGGUGGACUUCCUCAUGGGAGGCGUGAGCGCUGCUGUCUCCAAGACUGCGGCCGCCCCCAUCGAGCGCGUGAAGCUGCUGAUCCAGAACCAGGAUGAGAUGAUCAAGCAGGGCCGCCUGUCCGAGCCCUAUAAGGGCAUCGGCGACUGCUUCAGGAAGGUCGUGGCCGACGAGGGCAUCGUCAGCCUGUGGCGCGGCAACACCGCCAACGUGGUGCGGUACUUCCCCACCCAGGCGCUGAACUUCGCCUUCAAGGACUACUACAAGCGCCUGUUUGCCUUCAACAAGGACCGUGACGGCUACUGGGCGUGGUUUGCCGGCAACAUGGCGUCGGGUGGCGCUGCGGGCGCGACGUCGCUGGCGUUUGUGUACUCGCUGGACUACGCGCGUACGCGCCUGGCCAACGACAACAAGAGCGCCAAGAAGGGCGGCACGCGCGAGUUCAACGGCAUGGUGGACGUUUACCGCAAGACCAUCGCGUCUGACGGCAUUGCGGGCCUGUACCGCGGCUUUGUGAUCUCGUGCGUGGGCAUCGUGGUGUACCGCGGCCUGUACUUUGGCAUGUACGACAGCCUCAAGCCCGUGCUGCUGCUACCCCAUCGACACCGUGCGGCGGCGCAUGAUGAUGACCAGCGGGCAGGCCGUCAAGUACAACUCGUCCAUUGA